UCCAUGUAUACGGAAGUCUUGCAGCAGCAGCGACGGUCAGCACGGUGUAAACAGAAAUGAUCAAACACGUGUUCUUGACAGGAGCUCCAGGUGUGGGGAAAACCACUCUGGUCCAGAAAGCCUGUGAAGCUCUGCUGUCAUCAAGCGUAGGAAUUGAGGGGUUUUACACAGAGGAGGUCAGGGAGAGAGGCCGCAGAGUCGGCUUUGAUGUCGUCACCGUGACAGGAGAGAGGGGCCACCUGUCCAGAAUCAGAGACGGUGCUGCUGCGUCUCAUGGAAGACGGGAGUACACAGUUGGGCAGUAUGUGGUCGACUUACCUUCAUUUGAAAAUCUGGCUCUCCCCCUAUUCAGAAAUGUCGGGGCGGCAGAUGGGGGCAGCAGGAAGGUGUUCAUCAUUGACGAAAUUGGCAAAAUGGAGCUUUUCAGCCAGUCGUUCAUCAGAGCAGUGAGACAGACUUUAGAUAGCUCUUCCUACACCAUCCUGGGCACCAUCCCCAUCCCCAAGGGUAAACCGCUGGGUCUCGUGGAAGAGGUGCGGAGCAGGGGAGAUGUCAAGGUCUUUGCUGUGUCUAAGGAGAACAGAGACACUAUUCUGCAGGACAUUUUAGCAGCACUACAAGAAAGUCUAAAACAUGCAGCCUAAUGUGAAGAAUGAAAACCCUGCACUUUGUGUGUGCUUUUUUUUUUUUUGUGCUGACAACAACUUUUAUUUGUGUCAGUGCGUAUACAGCACACACAGCCAGACUAUUCAGUGGAUCUACUACACGCACCUCAUAACAGGGUUGUGACCUAACCCGAGGAGCUGCUAAAAGAGUUAGUGUGUCACAUGCAUGCAUUUAUGUACACAAUUCAUUUUUUCUCCAUCCUCAUACAGCCUCAAAAUGGAUUGCAUGCUGAAUAAUUGAUUGUUAGCUGGAGCACAGCGCAGGGAAUUGUUCGGUGUAUAAGAGUGUAAACCCAGAGCAGAGUCAAAGACUGCUUAGUCCUCAAAACAACUGGGUUUUAUUUUAUUUUUUAUUUUAUUUCUAAUUUAUGGAGACUCCUGCAGGCCUUUCUUGGUUUUGAGUGUGUGAUAUUAAUUUGUUCAUUAGGACGAGCGGUGCUUGUUUUUUUCUGAGCAAACAAAGCAGCGCCGCAGUUCAUUCAUUAUUUCUUCAUGCGAGCUCCCCUCGUGUGUCUAGUCAACCUGAGGAUGCGCUCUUUGAAAAUCAAUCAGUAUUUAAUGGUACAACUGUGUCCUGUACCUUUCAUGGUUUAUUCAUCCACUAGCAUGAACAAGAAAAUUGAUAAAUAAACAGUUACUGUCUCCUAACAAGGACGUGGUUUAAUUUCUUAUAGUCAAAUAAGGCUUGCAUUUAUCGAGCAGAUGUAAAUGUUUUCAUACCGUUGAUAAUCUUCACAGUAUUCAGCUGGAGAAAUAAAUAUGUUUUGUCUUGAGGAUUUUCAGCUCCGUCCCGGGAGAUAAUGGAAACUAUCCACGCGCAGGUAGCUUACUGUAAAGGAUAAACAGUAAAACAGAAUACAGGAAUUUAGAGCUGUCAGAGAGAAUCUAUGGAGGGUUUACACUGAUGGUACAACACAAAAGAGCUCUUUGAAGGGUUUGUACAGUGAUACAGCGAGACAUGUUGUCAAACUCUGUGACUGUCAACAAAUAGCUGUGAAAUUAAAGCAAUGUUCUUUUUUGUUUCAGACACAGUGUCUAUUCUUAAUAUAGGUGACGUAGCUGGAGGUAGCUCUAGAAGAUUCAUGGCUCAGGGGUUUAUUGAUCACACACGCUCCGUAGACAUGGAAUUCCACUGACUCUGCGUGAGCUCCAGCGUCUGGCAGUCAUACGGAGGUUUUUAAUCGAGACCCUCUGGCAGAGGGAGAUUUGUCUCAGCAUCAAAGAAUCUUCAGGUCAUUUGAAAGAGAAAAUAUGUGGAAGGCUUCUCUGGCUUGGUUUUUCAGCAGCACCGCUUGUGUAACUGAUGUAACCUGUCAGGCCGGCUGCAGACAGGGCUGCCAGCUGUGAUCUGCGUCAGACGAGCUGCUGUGCCAGCAUCUGCUCUGUGGCCACUGCUGACGUACCUCUGGAUCAGCUGGCACCGACACGCACUGAACUGGCCUCAAAGUCAACAUCGGUCGUAAUUUUGAACCAAAGUGGAAAAUGAUGCUGCAUCAUUAUUGUUGGGGCAGGAUUUACAGGUGAUUAGAGCUGGUGGGUUCAUGGUUGGCAAGUCAAGCAGUACUGCUGAGGUAGCUGGCUCUCCUCAAGGUGAUCCUCAGCUCCCUGCAGCAGGGCCGCAGAUGGGUUAUGUAACAGUGACAGAGUCCCUGCCUGUUUUGUGACUAUAUGGUGUGCAAGUGGAUGCAUUUGAUGGGUUAUGAUGUAAUUAGGAAACCACAUUCAUUAAUAUUGGGACAUUAUAUCAUUGUUUUACUCUUUAACUUUUCUUGUGUUAUAUAUGUUGCAU